AUGGGACAACUAAUACAGCAAAUUGGACCGGGAGCCCAGCCACCACCACCACCACCACCACUGCCACCAGUGUUGCUGUGUUCACCUGGUAGCAUGCCUGAGAAGUACGGAGAAGGAGGAACAUGUGAAGUUAUAGCAGCACACAGAUGUUGUAAUAAGAAUCGGAUUGAGGAGAGAUCACAGACAGUAAAGUGUUCCUGUCUACCUGGGAAAGUGGCUGGAACAACACGGAACAGACCAUCAUGUGUUGACGCAUCGAUAGUCAUUGGGAAAUGGUGGUGUGAGAUGGAGCCCUGCCUAGAGGGUGAGGAAUGCAAGACAUUACCUGACAAUUCAGGAUGGAUGUGUGCAACUGGCAAUAAAGUCAAGACCACUAGAAUUCACCCGAGGACCUAACAAAAA